AUGGACUCGACGCCUCUACUCGUUGGUAGCAACGAGCUCUCAGCUGGCCGAGCUCUUCUACAGGACCAUCCUGUUUUCCUCCGCGCCAGCCAUUCCCCGUGGUGCUUCAUACCGCAAAACGUGCUCGUCUUCUUCCGCGGCCUCAUUCUCGCAUAUCUCAUCGCCGCCUCCAUCUUGGUUUUGAACUACGAGACUACAGACGCCGCCCCAGGUGAAACAAAUGCUCGCCUCUUCUUCGACUUUGCCAUCAUCAGCGGCGCCAUGGUUCUCUUAUACUUCAUAAUCACGUUUUCGUGGACUUUCACCCACUUGUACUAUCCAGAUCCUGAGGAAAUCGAUGGAGGCAUUGAAUCAUGGGUUGUGAACCUCAUGUCUCUGCCCAGAAACCUGGCUAGCCUGCGCCAGCAGUUUUACUUUACUCUGUUUUACAUUACUACUGUCGUCUUUUCGUUCAUGAACACGGUAAUUUACUGGUUCAUUACGCGACCGUACGACUUGGAGAACAACGAUGACGGCGGCACUGGGGAUGAUGAUAAUGGUGGUGGUGACGGCAAUGGCUUUCUAGCAGCAGCACCCAACACACCAUUCAGCGAUAUUUUUGGCGAAGGGUGGCUCAAGGCCUUUGCCAUUGUCAACCUGUUCGGGAUCACGUCAAUCAUCAUGGUGUUUGAGAUACUCUUCCUCAACAGCAUCAGACGCCCCUCGACAAUCAGUGCCUACCUCUUCGCCCUCAUGGUCUUUGCCGGCCUCUACCUUGGCUGGGCCUACAUUGGGCACGCCGCCACUGGCAUAUACCCCUUUUUCUGGCUUGAUCCAGCAGAGGCCGGCUCCCAAGAAGCGGUGACGGCAUACGCUAUCGGCUUCGUCCUUCUGGCUCCAAUUAUGUACAUCUUCAUGCAGGGCUUCGUUGGCAUCCGAGAGUCGCUGGUUCGACCCCACGUCAUCAUUCAAGAAGGUCUCGGGGCCUAG